AUGAGAGGAGCAGGUGGUGUUGGUAAGUCCUCGUUGACAGUCCAGUUUGUGCAGGGGGUCUACAUCGAAAGUUACGAUCCCACCAUAGAAGAUUCUUACACAAAGGAAAUUGAAGUCGAUGGGCGAGCAUGCAAUCUGGAGAUUUUGGACACUGCGGGAGUGGCACAAUUCACAGCGAUGAGAGAACUGUAUAUUAAAUCGGGUCAAGGGUUUCUCCUUGUGUACUCGGUGACCGAUAAGAGCUCCAUGGAGGAGCUUAUGGCUAUCAGAGAGCAGGUCAUGAGAAUCAAAGACACACAGAACGUGCCUAUGGUGUUGGUCGGUAAUAAGUGCGAUUUAACCAACGACAGAGAGCUUACACCUGAAGAUGGAAUUGAGGUAUCUAAGAAAUGGAACAAGACUCCAUUCUACGAAGCGUCUGCUAUGUACAAGAUGAACGUUGAGGACGCCUUCAUUGACGUGGUGAGACAGAUAAUCAGAAAGGAGGCUCAGGCAUCAGCCCCUACAAGAAGCGGGUCAGGAGCACAGCCAAAGGAGGAGCAACCUGCUGCGAAAUCUAGAAAACCGUCCGAGUCGGUUAAGCAGCCGCCGCCUGCCAAAUCGAGUACGGUGGCCGACGCUAAAAAGGCGAAGAAGCUCAAGAAGAAGAGAAAGUGUGUAAUUUUGUGA